GCAACAGGUGUCCAGGCAAAGAGGCCGUGUUCUGGCUCUGUCCCAGCCAUGGGGUGGCCAGCAGGACCAGGGCACUCACUGUGCCCCUGUCGUGGGCACUGGUGAGGCCUCACCUCCAGUGCUGUGUCCAGUUGUGGGCCUGUCACUGCAAGAUGGACAUUGAGGGGCUGGAGCGUGUCCAGAGAAGGGAGCAGAGGUGGACAAGGGGCUGGAGCAUCAGUAGCAGCUGAGAGGUCUCAGCCUGGAGAAAACGAGGCUCAGGGGAGACUUUCUGGCUCUCCCUGACAGGAGAGGGCAGCUGGGGUGGGUUGGGCUCUGCUCCCAGGGAGCAAGGGGCAGGACAAGAGUGAGUGGUCUCAAACUGUGCCAGGUGAAGCGUAGGUUGGACAUCAUCAGGAAUUUCAUCAUUAAAGGUUUGUCAAGUAUUGGAAGGGGCUGCCCAGGGAGGUUUGGAGUCCCCAUCCCUGGAGGUGCCCAGGGAAUGACUGGACCUGGCACUCAGUGCUCUGGGCUGGGUGACAAGACAGGGAUUGGGCCCAGCUUGGACUCGAUGAUCUUGGAGGUCUUUUCCAACCUGAGUGAUUCUGGGACUCUGUUAUCUGAGCCAUAGGCUGAACACAGAAUUGGGAGGGGUGAAGGGACAACAGGCAGAAGUCUGUGGGAAACUGGGUUGCAUAUAUUUAUCUUUUGGGUUAUUCUUAAUUCUGUGAUAAUUAAUUUAUCUACCCCUCCCUAGCUGUGCAUCACUCUUCUCAGUGCUCUGUUAAGUCAUUGGAAUGUGAAAAUAAGUUGACUAAAACGUGAUUGCAAGUAAUUGAAACAAGCAGAUUUUCCAUUUUCAGUUUAAUUAUUUAUUUAUCAAAGUGAAAAGAACAAAUUCUUUCCUGAAAUCCUAAUGGGUAGAAGUGUGAAUUUUACUGACUGUAUUUUGGAAUAAUUUUGCAAAUGAAUGCUUUGGUAACAAAUGCAAGAAGAUGCACUCAGACUCUGGAGACACGUAAUUGUCACCAUUGUAUUUGUCCCAGCUUCAUGGCAAUCUCUGUACUCAGAGUUGCAUUCAUAUAUAUAUAUAUAUAUAUAUAUGCCAAUAGAUUUAUUGCCAUGCCAAGUAGUGUGACCAAGUAGUUAUUUAUAUCUGAAUGUGUGAUAGUUGGAAUCAAAGUGUGAAAUAAGUGUGUGUGAAGAAGGACCAGUAGUCAGAUAAUUCCUGAGAACCUCAAAUUUAAAAUAUAGUUAUUCUAGAAUUAUGCUGGAGGUGAACAAUAAACUGUCGGGAGUUGCAGUGAGAUUUUAUAACAGAAAAGAGAACUCUUUGCUAUUUUGUCUUGUGAAUUAGAUGCUUCUAAAUGCCAGGCUUGUCCCAAAAAUACAUUUUCAAGUAUUUCCUAAAAUAUUUAAAAUUGUAGCAUCUACUUUCUUAGCAGAUUUGCCUGUUAUUCAGUUUCUACAUUAAACCAAAAGAUUUUAAUAGUCUUGUGUUGUGGCUGUGCUUGGGAAUGUCUAGCAUAGAAAAAUACAUUAAUUGUAAGAUCUUGUCAUAAAAAAGAGAAGAAAAUUGAGUCCAGAAUGUGCAUUACUGUUCUGGGAGCUUCUUUGGCUGUCUAGGGAGUCUAAAAUCUUAACUGAGGGAUCACAUUGAAGGGCAAAGUUACAGAGUUUUGGAACUGCCAAAUUGUAUUAAAAUAACACUGACAUUUGUUUUCUUCUCCCUUACUACAAACAUGAAGUCCAAUGGCAAAAGUAAAAAAUCGAAGAAAGAAGCGAAGCUGAGAGAUUUCAUUUAGGAAAGCAUAGUUAUGCCCUUCAUCUCUUUCCCAAUCCUCAGCUGAAGCCCAAUUAAGAGCUGAACAAGAAGAAGCAGAAAGACUUGAAAGGGAGAGACUAUAUCAAGAGCACUUAGAAAAGCUUGAAGCAAAGUAUCAAGGAGAGAAGGAGUCUGAACUAGCAGAACUUAAUUCACUGGAACAGAAGUUUCUUUCUGCACAGCAGUGGAAAAUGGAUUACAGAGAACAAGCCAAGUGGGAGCAUUACCUCAAAUGUGAUGGGACUCCUGACCCCACUGUGCCUCAGGAGAUCAACACUUUCAUGAGCUUGUGGCGUGACGACCAAGAUGUGGACGUUCAGCUUGUGAUGGAGAAGGAGGAAGUGGUCCUAAAUUUGAUUGAGAAGUUGGAGUUUCUUCUAUUGGAAGCAUCACCAGAUGAGAUCACAGAAAAACAACGAGACCAGUACCAGGAAUUUAUUUUGCAAUUGCAGGAUCUGCUUCAUCAGAAGUACAAUGAGGCUACUCAGAACCUGCUCAAAGCAGCUAGUAUGUAUGAAGAUUUUGAAACUGGGAAUAUGCACACAGUCAUAAAGGAUAAAAAUACUACUUUCUGUAUUUGGGCCAAUCUGAAGAAGAAAGCAAGGUUCAAGAACCACAUGUUCCAGGAGGUGGGGCAUGGCUUUGACCUGCCCAAAUCCCUGGCUCUGAGCAGUGUGGCCGUUCGCGUGUUGCACACCUGCUACGACCACGUGUCUCCCCUGUGGGUGCACUGCCAAGGGCUGCCGAGGCCAGAGGCCUCAGACAGCGAGGAGUUAGCUGAGCAUCCAGAAGACACUGGGCAAGAACCAGGAGAAGAGGAGGAGAAAGGCAUUACAGAGCCCAGUGUGCCUGCUGCAGAAGAAACAUGUUCUACAGGGAGGAAGGAGAGUGCUGCCUCACUGAAAGAAAAUAGCAAUAACACAGAUGAUAUAAAAGAGACAGAGGAUGAAACUGAGAUGAAUGCAGAUGUCUUGGAUGUACCAUCACAAGAAGCGGAUGCGCUGCUGCAGGAGGAGGCAGGAGGCAGAGAAGAGGCACCCAGAGCUGUUGAUCUGCAGCAGCUGGUGCCCCUGGGGGGUGUGUACCACAUCCAUGCCCUGCAGCUGCCGCCCCAGGCCCAGGACGUCGGGGACUGGAGCAUGGUGGAGCUGCUGGAUGUUGGAUUGGAGGUGUAUCCAUAUUCCCCAGGAGAGGCUGAAGAUGGCACACAGUUUGCAGUACAGAUAACCCUGAAGCUCCCUGAUAAUGUGAUUUAUUUUAAAGUGCCUGUGGUAGCCCGAUGGGAUGCUGCAGGCCAGCAGUGGAGAACUGAUGGUAUCAGUGAGAUAACGUAUGAAGCAGAAGAAAAGAGCAUCACCUUUGGGAUGGGUGCCUUUUAUACAGUAGCCCUUUUCCAGGAUGCUCACCUGAACCUGCCCUAUCAGGCCUGGGAAUUGCACCCCACUGGGGUGGAUGAAGGAUUCUUCAUAGUUACUGCAGCCUUUGCAACCAUUCAGAUACAAAUUAAGGUACUGUCAAUAUUUUUUAAAAUCAAACAUUUGCAGUUCAAAAAUCCCAUAAUUAUUAGUGUCCCUGAGUAAGA